AUGGGUGCCUUGGCCUUUGCUCUGCCGCCACUUCCUCCACCACCAUCUCCACUCAAACGCUCGGCAACAUCAAGCCUUCGCCGCCGCUGUCGUUUCUGUUCAAGACUCUCACGGAGCGAUUCAGUCUCUUCAGCGCCCACCACCUACCGUCCCGCCGUCAUUCUUCCAGGAUUGGGGAAUAAUACGAAUGAUUACGAUAAAUUAGCCUUAAUCUUGAGGGAUUAUGGAGUGCCAUGUGUGGUUGCUAGGGUUUCCAGGAUUGAUUGGUUGAGAAAUGCUGCUGGCUUGCUGGACUCGAAUUAUUGGCGAGGCACUCUCCGGCCUCGACCUGUUCUUGAUUGGUAUCUUGAAAGGGUUGGAGAAGCUGUGAUGGAGGCAAAGGAAUUGGCCCAAGGCUCAACUCUAUCUUUGAUUGGGCACUCAGCAGGAGGAUGGCUGGCCCGCGUCUAUUUGCAAGAAUUUGGCAUAUCCGAUGUUUCCUUGUUACUGACAUUAGGAACUCCUCACAUUGCACCACCUAAAGGCGUAUCAGGAGUCAUAGACCAAACUAGGGGCCUCUUGGAUUUUGUGGAGAAACAUUGUCCUAAAGCCAUCUACACCCGUGACCUCAGAUACGUUUGCAUUGCCGGGAGGUACAUUCAAGGGGCUCGAUUAGUGGGAUCGAACAACAGAAAAAGUUCAUCAACCGUCGUCCAAAUUGAACAACAGGGCAGUGAAAUGGGUACUGUUGAGACAUCCACUCCAGCAUCAGCCACCUUGCGUGCUCGAUUUGUUGGUCAAGGAUACAAACAGGUAUGUGGGCAAGCAGACGUUUGGGGUGAUGGGGUGGUGCCUGAGAUGUCGGCACAUCUUGAAGGUGCAUUGAAUAUGAGUGUGGAUGGAGUGUACCACUCACCCGUGGGUUCAGAUGAUGAGAUGAGACCGUGGUAUGGGUCGCCUGCAAUUGUUGAACAAUGGAUACAUCAUCUCUUCACCUAA